AUGCUUUGUUAUUGUUAUUGUUGUUAUUAUUAUUAUUGUUCACUAAAUGAGCAAACACUAACAAGAAUCAUUUAGUUUUUGGAAUCAAUUUAAUAUUCAAUAUAUUUGUCUUCUGAUUUAGCAGUUACUUUCCAUUUAUCAGAUUUAAUUGAGUCAGGAAGACAAGUGCUAAGUUACCAGUAUAGGAUUACAAUAAUAAAAGGGGCAACAACUAAGAAGAUGCAGAGUACGUUACUAUCUGAGUAGAAUACAUUUAACAAAAUAAGAAUAUAGGUAACAAGAAUACCAACUGAAAAUAGUAAAGCAAAAAUAAAGAGGAAAUUAAAAAGAAUUUUUUUCUUUCUGGAUUAAAAUCCUUCAGCUGUUUCUUCUAAUUAGAACACUUAUUAGCAUUAUUCACAUUUAUAAAUAUCCUUUCCAUCAACAUUUUUGCAUCUCAUGAUCAAGAGCUUGAAAAAACACAUGCUGUGGAUGUUUUGA